UGGUAGCCCGGGACGUCUGCCGCGUCGUUGGAGGCGGAUAACGAUAGUGUCUUCCGAGGCUCUCCGGGUUACCUGUUCUUCGUGGCGAGGAGAGGGAAGUUCAACAAGGUAGCAACGAACGUUCGAACGUAUCGUCCUUUUCCUCAACAUCACGUCGAAAAUUAUCGCGAGAAUCCGGUUCACCUCUGUGCGGUUGCCGCUGACUCUGCUGAUCGUGGUAGCAGACUAAACCAAGGGGGAAUAGUCGGCCAGAAAGAUCUGUACCAGUGCUUCCAUGCGAACGCUGCGGUGACAUGGCUGCCGCCCUUUUGGGCAAGUGCAUCGGUCUACUAGCGCUCGUGCUACUUCUCUACACCAGCUGUUAUGCCUUCCGUAUACGCGAUCAUCCGGGUCAGAGCCCCUCGUCCGCGGAACAGACUCAUCGCGCCGCUUGCACUUCCAUCUUUGGCAGAUGCCAGGAGAAGACGACCGCGGCCACGUCGAUCAGCCGAAAGUGGCACGACACGCCAACACAGAGACUUGCCAGCAACAUUCGGAAACCACCUGUCGAGCUGACGUCGGCGGACGAUGACGAUAGGAGUAGGAGGCUCGAGAGAUCCGGACGUUCUAGCGAUAGGGCUGCUGGAUCGGCGAAGAGUGUCGAGAUUGAUGAAGAUGAAGACGAGGAGGAGGUGAUCGUGGAGGUGGAGGAGGAUACGGAGGAGGAGAUUAAGAGUGAUGAUUUAGUGGAGGAGGAUUCUGGCGAGGAGGAUGACCAAGAGGAUGAUGAAGACGAAGAUGAGGACGACGAGAAUCUGCUGGAUCGGCGAAGAGAGGAUACGGAGGAGGAGAUUAAGAGUGAUGAUUUAGUGGAGGAGGAUUCUGGUGAGGAGGAUGACCAAGAGGAUGAUGAAGACGAAGAUGAGGACGACGAGAAUGACGACGACGACGACGACGACGAUGAUGAGAAAGAGGAAAGUAAGGUGGACGAAGGGGGCGAUGAGGAUGAAGAAGAAGAAGCGCAGAAGAAGAAGGAUCUUCAUGGGAAAAUGAGCAAAAUAACGAAGACUGUUAGGAAGAAAGAUGUAGAGGAUACGGAAGAGGAUGACGAGGAAAGUGGAAGGGUAGCUUCGAAGAAGAAAGUGGUUUUGGAGAAGAUAUUGAAAAAGACAGAUGAAGAAGAAGAAGAUGAAGAAGAGAAAAGUGAAGAGAUAGAUUCGAAGAAGAAAGUGAGUUUAGAGAAGAAGGUGGAUAAAGAAGAAGACGACGACGACGAAGACGAUGAAGACGAAGAAGAAUCGGAAGAAGAAGUUUCUACGCCUCCUCCAAGGAAACUAGAAAAAGUUAGACUCGCGGAUAAAGAUAAGGUUAGAUCCACUGAAGCUGUGCCUGUUACAGUGAAGCCAAAGCUCGAAGUAAAGGAACCGCCCAAGACAAUAAAGAAACCGGAGGAACCUGUGAAGAAGAUAGUUGAAACACCGAAGAAACCUGUCGAGAGUCCAGCGAAGUCGUCUGAAGCCACGAAGAAAGACGAACCCGUGAAGAUAACGAAAUCUGAAUCCGAAUCUGCUAAACCGAAGGCCACGGUGAAACCGGAAGUGCCGAAGAUUCGGGAAUCAGUGAAGCAGCCGGAAAAGGCGAAAGUGAAACCAAGCGAAACUGCUCAAGCUGUUCCGGCUAAAGUCGCGGAGCUUAAACGAUCCGACAAAGAUGAGUCGAAGGGAAGAACGAAAAAGCACGUGGAAGCUUCGUUCACUUUGGCUCAAUUGAACGAUGCGAUACUACACGUGCCGACCUUCGUGCCAAAUUUCACGGCCGUUGAGGAUUUCGAGUGUCAGCAGCACGGCAAGAUCUUCCUACGACAGUUAAGGGGUUACAAGUUGUGGGCCUUGCAAAUGUUAGAUUCGAGCGCAAAAAUUCCAUCGGGUCUAUUACGGGGAAACGUGAAUCAGCUCGGAGAUUUUGACGAGUGUUUGGGUGUGGUGGCGCACGUGAAAUUGAAUGACAAUACGAUAAAGGUGCAGGGCAAAUAUUGUUUGGCCAAUAUAGAUGUGUAUCCAUCUCAUCCGGACAUGAAGCUUCCGGUUAAUAUGAUGCAGGCCCGUGCUUUCAUAAGAGGAAGCAUGCGUGACCCUGGUCAUUUUGUUCCAAGAUUCACGACAGUGAACUGGGCGUUGUGUCUUCCGGCGGCCUGUUCUGCCGAAGACGCGCAAAACGUUGUCGAACAGGCGUUGAGUGAGUACAAUUCUACCGCAGGAAUUAAAUUCACGGUAGACGUCGAUCCUAACAUGUGCUACGUCAAACAGAAAACACGAAGCUAUUCGAAAGAGACGGUCGGAGUUUUAUAUUUCUAUGCAAUGAUCGUCUGUAUUGCUACCGUAGCAACGGUGAGAGAUUAUUUAGUGGCGUCCGAAGGAAAAGGAAACUAUUCCGAGCGUAUAAUAAUGUCUUUUUCCUUACGGAGAACCGUUAGAUCUUUAUUGAAAAAAGGAUCGAACGAAGCCGAUAUUACGUGCAUCCAUGGGAUAAGGGCGCUCGUCACGAUUGCUCUUUACGUUGCUCAUCAGAUAAUACCAAUUUCGAGGUUACCAUUUUCCAAUCGAAUCGAACUGACGGAGGUGGCGAACACUCCAAUCAGCUCGAUUUUGAGGGUAUCCAUGGUUUACACGGACGCAUUUUUAUUACUCAGCGGUGUCCUAACUGCUUACAAUAUGGCACAUGAAUUUAUAAUGCGGGGUGAGAUUCGAUGGUUUUGUCGUUUCAUCGCCAGAUAUAUUAGGCUUACUCCAGCGCUGUUCGCAGUAGUGUUUUGGUACGCAUUCGUAAUGGAGCACACAGGAUGGGGACCACAAUGGAACAGCGUUAUAACGCCAAAUGCAGAGCUAUGUAAAAGCAACGCCUGGACGAAUUUGUUGUACAUACAAAACUUUUUCCCUUUCGAAGAAAUGUGUGCAGCUCAUACCCAUCAGUUGGCUUUGGACAUGCAACUAUCAUUAUUAACCCCAAUGUUGGUAUUCUUCUUGGAAUGCAGGCCUGUCAUUGGGAUUCUUGCAAUGUUCUUCUUCAUUUUACUGUCGGCCACGCUUCGUUACAUAUCAACGAUGAACAAUUAUCUUUCCCUCGUUAUUUUCCAUGGAAUGUCAUCGAAGCACCUUUACAGAACUGCCAAUUUAAGUUACAUAUUGCCAUUACACAGAGCUACGCCAUACGUGUUUGGUGUAGGACUUGGUGUGCUGUUACGUUAUACCGGAAGAAACGUCAGGAUCCACAAGGUGUUAGUGAUCUUGGGAUGGUUGAUCGCGAUGGCCUUGGGAUCGUGGUCGUUAUUUUCACCCUGGCACUUGGCCAGAAGGGACUACGUGUACGAUGCUGAAGAAGCAACCAAUUACGCCGUGAUCAGUCCUGUCUUGUGGGCCUUGGCUUUGUGCUGGUCCAUAUUUGCAUGUUACACAAAUCACGGAGGUAUAAUAAAUAAAGUGCUUUCGAGUCACUGGUUAAUAAUCUUCAGCAGAAUAUCGUAUGCGGUGUACUUGACUCAAUUCGCAGUAUUUUUUUACAACGUUGGGACCACUAGAUACUCUGCCGGAUUUCAGGUUCUUAGACUCAUCGAUCCUAUGGAAGCAGCUGCAGUUGUAAUCGUAUCGACCAUCCUCACCUUGCUCUUCGACUUCCCCAUGCAAGAGCUGAAAAACGUGUUAAUGGAAAGCACAGACAUGCUGAAUGUGGAAGUUCCCAAUAAAGAAAUCUCCUCGAAGCAGGUAUCAAACGAAAUUGAAAAAUCUUCCACAUCGGAACAACCAGCCGAAGGUAAAGUUUUCGAAGAAGACGAAGUAUCGUCGACAGGAUGGGACUGGCAACGAGACAUAGUCGACGGUGGUACGAAAUAUCCUCAUCACGAUGUGGAAGACGAGGAACACGUUCAGAUACCAAUUUUAAAGAAAACAACAGGACGAAGGAAAUCGUUCAUCGGCCACGAUUCCAUCGAAACAGAAACUGUUCCGUUACGAGAACGGACGAAGGACAAAAGAUACUCGAGAGACGAUGACGAGUACAGAGAGCGGGGUAGGAGGAGCAGGAGCGGUCAAAGGGAUUAUCAGGAAUCGGAGAACGACGGCUUGGAUCUUUCCAGGAUGCAACAGGAGCGAGACAGACGCUCGCUCUCUAGGAGUCACGACGUUAAGAGAUUGUCAACACGGGACAGUGAGAACGAGGAGGAGUAUUUAAGACGAAGACCGAGAGACGAGGAAGAGGAAGAAGAGGAAGAAGAGGAAGAUUAUCCUAGACGCUACAGGCGAUUUCAUUCCAGAGGGAGAUCCGUGAUUAGGGAAUCGGACGAUUAUCGUUCGUGGGAGCUGGUCGGUAAGGAACGUUCAUCCUCCAGGGGUCCAGAGCCUAAACGGCUCUCCAGCAAAUCGGAGGAACGCGAGUCUACGCAAAGGCAAACAAGACCAGCGUUGUCGAGAUCCGGGGACUCGAGGCGAGCAUUUUCUUCGGAGAGUGAAGACGAGCACUCGUUGCAACGUAGGAAAAUGGAAAAAAAGCAGCCGUCGGUGGAAACGCGGAUAAGCGACGAGGAGGACUGGGAAAACGAGCUCAGGAUACGGAGGAAAGAAUUCAUGGAGAAGCUUGAGACAGAGCAGGAGGAUUCUUUCGCGAACGAGAAAGAGGAGGAGGACUUGAGCUCUCUCAGAAGGAGAUCCUCCGCGGAGGGGAAGAUCGCUCUGCUGAAAGAUCCUUCCGCGGACGAUAACAUGGACUCUUGGACGGUUAGCGUGGGCUCGCGAAUCGGUCAGCUUGGUUCUUCUCAGGAGCCCAGCGAGCCUGAGGACGAUACUGCUUACAUGCGACGAAGGGAGUAUCGUGAACAAGCACCGCCGCCCAGGGAGGAUACUCAGAGCGAGGAGGAGGUGAUCUGGGACGCGUCGAGAAGGCGAUCCUAUACGAGCAGUAGUCAAGUGACUUCUAUGGAAGAGGACGAGGAUGUUGAGGCUUACAACUUCGUUCUGACGAGAGGCAGCAAGAGGAUAUCUGUGCAGGACCUUUCCACGCUGUCCCAGGAAGACUUGGCUGACCUUUCCACGCUGUCUGACUUGGCUGAUUCUGGUUGGAACGUGGUGAGAAAGGAGGGCGAAGGAUUGCCUAGAUCUCCCCCCACAGGAUUGUAUAAACGCGAAUCGAUCAUAAAGAGUCAGGCCAGCGAGGAGGACCCGGAGUAUCUUCUUCCAGAGAGACCUAAGCUGAUUCAACAGGAACGGGAGCAUCCUUUUAAGAAAGCUUGGCAGAUGCAGAAGUCCCGUUCUGAGGAAGAUCGUACUUCGGCGUAUGUGAUUCAAGAGUUGCAAGGAGAACCGAGAAAGGAGUCGGAGGAUAGAGAAACGAAGGACAAGGAUGUACCGACGGAAGAGAAACAUCAGAAAGAAUCGGGUGGAGAACAGUACGAGGACAUGGGUGCGUUCGCCGAUGACGAAUCAGAAUCGAUCAGGUUUGCGCGUAGCAGGAGUUCGGACACAGAGGAUAACACCAGAACCAGUUCGAAAUCCGAGGAAAUAGAAUCGAUGGAGAGGAGCGAGAGCACGGAUCUGGAUGUUCCCAAAACCAAUACGAAAUCAUCGGACGUUGAGGACGACUCUUUCAGAUCUAAUUGGCCAUCCGAGGAGGAACAGUUGGAAGUUUAUAGAACAGGGCUGAGAAGUAAAUCGGAGGAGGCCGAAUGGAGCUGGGAACGGGAGGAGACUUGACGGGACUUGGUGACCAUCCACGUAAAAAGAAAAGAUAAUAAACGUAAAUAUAACGAGGUAAAUUAUUCGCGGGGAAAGUCGCUGCUCGGGUUUGUCGUGAAGAAAGUACGAGCGGAUUUGACGGCGAGGGACGGGGAUGGGGGAUAGGAAGAGGACACCGGAUGAAUUUUCGAGAAGUCGACGAUUCCAUGCUUGGAUUGUCAUCCUGUUGCAAGAAGAUGCAGCUAAAGGUGCUGCUAACGAUUAUCGAUAAGUUAUCGAUAACUUGUUAAUAGAUAUUGAGUUGAAAUAUCGGU